AUGGCGCCGACAUCUUCCUCCGUCGCGUCGACAGGCAGCUCUGCCUUGAACCUCAUCAAGAGAUAUUACUACUACUGCGACGGAUACAGCUACUCGUACCGAUGCAGCAGCAGAUGGUACGACUGGGGCCGCUGGGUAGUUCUCGGAGGAGUCAUCUUCAUCGUCCUCCUCGUCCUACUGACUUGCGCCUGCACCGCUCGUCGCCGUCGCCGCCGCGGCGCUCAGCCCAUGUACGGAACAGGCUGGAUGGCCCCCGUCGGCAAGCACGACCAGAACCAGCAGCACCAGAUGAACAACUACAACCAGGGAUACCAGCCCGAGUACAACCAGAACCAGGGCUACAACCAGCCGCAGGGCUACUACAACACGCCUCCCCCCUACGGCCAGCAGCAGGUGCCGCAGAGCACGGGCACCACGUUCAACCCCAAUGACGGAUACUACGGCAAUGCGCAGUACGGCGUCCAGCCGCCUGCGCAGGCGUACCAGCGCGAUGGGGGGUAUGCUCCUCCUGCGGGACCGCCUCCCGGGAAGUAA